CCACAUCCAUCUAACACAAAUUUCCCUCCUCACCUUUGGUUCCAUUUUGAUCCCACAACCCUAUAUUCUUCUUCUUCUUCUUCCUCAGCUUCUCAACUUUCAUGCCAUUUCCAUCUUCCUUCUGCAAAUCCACUGUGUUUCAUUUCUCUUGUUCCUUGGAUUCUCCAUGCGUGGCGGCGGCUCUCGAGCUCCGAACAGGUCGGAGCCACUGCCGCACACCCAACCUGCUCAGAUCCUGCCGCCUCUCAAGCGGCAGCUUGCUUUCGAGUUGUCUAGGCCGCCGUUCGUUCCUCCGGGUGACUAUUACCACUUUGGCGGUGGUUCUUCCAAUGCUCUUGAUCAACAGCCUGAUGCUAUCGUCGUUAAACCUCUCAAACCAAAACAGAAGGGGGCCAUGUAUAACCAUGUGGUUGAAUCUAGUGACUGCAUUCAUGAUCAGAGUUCUUCAAAAGAUGCUCUAAGUUUUGUACAGACACCUGUAUCUGCAAAAGGCGGAAGGGUAUACAAUAAGGCAAAGACUCCAAGAAGAGCUACGUCUGGGCCUGGAACACCUAUCUCAGACACUAGCACUUAUUCUCCUCUUACCCCAGCUGGAAACUGUCGACAUGACAGUUCUUUAGGUCUUCUGACAAAAAAAUUCAUCAAUUUAAUUAAGCAAGCAAGGGAUGGCAUUCUUGACUUGAACAAAGCUGCAGAAACCUUGAAGGUGCAGAAAAGGAGAAUAUAUGACAUUACAAAUGUUUUGGAAGGCAUAGGUCUCAUAGAAAAGAAGCUGAAAAACAUAAUAUGUUGGAAGGGAUUCAAUGCCCAAAGUCCAGGAAAUGUGGAUAGUGAUACUGCUAUGUUGCAGGUGGAUGUUGAAAACCUUUCUUUUGAAGAGCGUAGAUUAGAAGAUAAGAUAAGCGCAUUGCAGGAAAGACUGAGGAAUCUGAGUGAAGAUGAAAAUAUCCAAAAAUGGCUCUUUGUGACUGAAGAAGACAUUAAAGGCUUGCCUUGCUUUCAGAAUGAAACGCUGAUAGCAAUUAAAGCUCCUCAUGGAACCACAUUGGAAGUUCCUGAUCCCGAUGAAGCUGUUGAUGAUCCACAGAGAAGAUAUAGAAUAGUUCUUAGGAGCACGAUGGGUCCUAUUGAUGUAUAUCUUGUCAGUCAAUUUGAGGAGAAAAUUGAGGAGAUGAAUGUGGUCCAGACACCUAGUAGCUUCCUACAUGCUUCCAGUUCAGGAUCAAACGAACAUCUAACAACAGAAGCAAUUAUUGGGGAGAGCAGUAGAAACGAAAUCGAACCCCAAGCUCAACUGUCCCAGUACAGCAGCAUCUGUGAUGUGCAUGGUUCAAACGAGUUUCCUGGUGGAAUGAUGAAGAUUAUGCCUUCAGAAAUUGAUAAUGAUGCGGAUUACUGGCUGUUAUCAGAUGCUGAAGUUAGCAUUACAGAUAUGUGGAGAACAGAUACAGAUAUUGUAUGGGAUCAGUCAGAUAUGGUUCCUCAUGACUUUAUAAUAUCUGAUGUUAGUGCCCAAAGGCCAAGACCAGUAAGCCCACAUUCAGAGAGGGGCGGAGUGCCUUCUGAUGUUAACUUAAGACAAAGGUGACAAAGAAGCAGAUCCGACUUAAUCCAUUAGCUACCUGUUCCCAUCCUCAUUACUCCACAAGAUGUUGAUUUGUAGCCACACAAACAGUUAAAUCUUACUGGAACUCAAGCUCAACUGUACAGUGUAAUUUUUAUAACCCAACUAAUAUACUGUGGAAAUUUUCCAAGCAUGAUAAAGAAUACAUUUGGAGGAAGUAGAAGCAAACUUUUGAAAGGAUGCAGAUGGUAUAUAGGUUUCCAGACAUUAUCAGGCCAGCAAGAGCAUCAAUGCACUGGUAAAACUUUUAAUCUUCAGUUUCAAAUCCAUUUAAACAAUAAGGGGUUUGGGAUAUAAUUGAAAUCUUGUGACAAUGGGUUGAAUUUUGUUUUGAGUUAGCUGUUUGUUGUUAGCUGAAGAUUGUGGAAACCACAGAGUCCUAGAGAACUCCAUAAAGUCUAUUAUUAUCAAAAACUUAUUCGAUGCUGCUUCCUUCCAUUAGGGGCGAAUCAAUUUAGGACAUCUUAGUGAAAAUUGAUAUGACCAUAAAGUGAUUUUGAUUAUUUCAAAA